AUGAUCUGCUCCUUGUUCCUUGCCUUCCUGGUCCUGCCUGCAGCCAUUGUGGCCACUCCCAGAGCUGACAGACAGUGCCCAGCAUGCGGGGAGCCUUCCUUGGACGUGGAGAGCCACCGGGAGCUGCUGCUUAACCUGGCCAAGAGGAGCAUCUUGGACAAGCUGCACCUCAGCCAGCGCCCCACUCUGGGCCGGCCUGUGUCCCGAGUUGCUCUGCGGGCUGCCCUGCAGCGCCUCCACGGGCCUCCACAGGGGGUGCUUCCGGAAGCCGAUGCGGGACAGGAGUAUGAGAUCAUCACCUUUGCUGAGACAGGCCUCUGCAACACCACCCAGACUCGUCUGGAUUUCCACUUCUCCUCUGACAGCUCAGCUGGUGGCUUGGAGGUCCAGCAGGCCAGCCUCAUGUUCUUUGUACAGCUCCCUCCCAGUACCACCUGCCCUCUGAAGGUGAGGGUCCUUGAGCUCAGCCCACGUGACACCAACCUCACUUCGGCCGCUCAGCACCUGCUGGAGGUAAACGACAGUGGCUGGCACCAGCUUCUCCUGGGGCCGGAAGCUCAGACUGCUUAUAGCCAGGGGCACCUGGCCCUGGAGCUGGCCCCCGAAGGACAGGUGGCCUGGAGCCCAGUCAUCCUGGCUGGGGCUGCACAUAGGCCCUUCGUGACAGCUCGGGUGAGAGUCGGGGGCAAGCACCGGCUUCGUCGUCGAGGCAUCGACUGCCAGGGCAGGUCCAGGAUGUGCUGUCGACAGGAGUUCUUCGUGGACUUCCGGGAGAUUGGAUGGCACGACUGGAUCAUCCAGCCUGAGGGCUAUGCGAUGAACUUCUGCACAGGGCAGUGCCCCCUGCACGUGGCAGGCAUGCCUGGCAUCGCCGCCUCCUUUUACACCUCGGUGCUCAAUCUUCUAAAGGUCAACACAGCUGCAGGCACCACCAGAGGGAGUUCAUGCUGUGUGCCCACCAUCCGGCGCCCCCUCUCUCUGCUCUACUAUGACAGGGACAGCAACAUUGUCAAGACUGACAUACCUGACAUGGUGGUAGAGGCCUGUGGAUGCAGUUAG